AUGGAGGUGAACAACCAACAAUAUGAUGAUAUGCCUGGGUAUGAUCUGGAAUAUGAGCAAGAUGAUGGAACAGAAGUCUAUUUGGGAGAUCUUGUCCGUGAAAAAGUGGGAAUGAAUGCUUUAGGCUGGAAGAAAGUAACCCCAGAAGUGAAGGAGAAACUAUGGGAAGAGAUUACACGCUUUUUUGAAGUUGGUGAAACUGGAAAACAGUUUGUGAUGAAUAGGCUUGGUAUCCUUCUAUGGAACUUCAAAAGGAAAUUUUAUGCAGAUUACAUUAAGCCACAUCUGGGCAAUCCCAAAAAGCUCGCAAAAUCCUCGUUCGUUAUCGUGCACUAA